UUUUUCACACACGAAUGGCGGUGAAAAAACUUGGCUUAGUAGUAUAUUUUCAAAGUGCGCAUAAAAUGAGACGCGUCUAUUUAAGCGGCUUGUUUUUGUCCGGUUUUACGCGAAAAAUAGACAAUGUGUGUGAUUUUUUUUUUAUUUUUUUAAGUGUUUGGAGUUCAGUGUUAUUUUUAUCGUUAAUAUACAAAUUGCAAAUAGAAAAUUGUGUAACGGCAUUUUUUCACAUCCGAAUAGCUGAAAAAUGCAGUUUGCCAGGGCUCUAUAGACAAAAGCAAGCAGGGCAAAGCAGUGCUAAUUGAAAUAUAAAAAGCGCUUCAAAUGUAUCCGGUAGAUGGCGAUGCUAGGGCGCGCGUAUUUAAAAAAUGGUUGCCAGGGCGCUAAAGUUUGUUGAAUCAAUGGCUAGAUUUUUGGGUAUUAAGUUUUAGUCAUGUCGUGCAUCUGCUUGGGUCCCAAGCGUGCGGGCAAAACGCAUCUGCUCAAGGCACUACAAGAGCCUGAUUCCAUAGACGAGACGAGCUAUUCCAUGCCCACCAUCGGCACUGGAAUCUAUCGCAUACAUUUUCCCGAGAAGUCUCCCAAUGGCGACAAACCGCGUCCGCCAGCUGAUGCAGCUGCCGCUCAAGCAGCACCACCUUGCGGCAAGCAUGCGCCAAAGUUUAUACAAAUUCUAGAGAUUGGAGGCAGCAUGGCGCCGCUUUGGCGACAGAGUCAAUACUUUGAGGACGUGAAGAAGCUUAUCUAUGUGGUGGAUGCAUCCAAUCUCUGUCAGAUCUCAGCAGCGGGCGUGCUCUUCUACUCGAUUCUGACGGAACCGCGAUUGCAAAAAGUGAAAAUACUGCUGGUGCUGACCAAGAUGGAUUAUUCGUAUCGCCAGAUGCGCAACGAGGCGCUGCUCAUGCUGCAAAUGUCCAAGCUGCAGAAGCAGAUACGCCAACAACUGACAAUCGCAGAAGCCAGCGCAGUCACCAAGGUGGGAUUGGACACCAUUUACGAGUGGCUGAAGCGACCAUGA